AUGGAAACAGAGCAAGAAACUAUAGCUAGCUUACAUGGGCGGAAGGAUCUUCUCAAUAAUGCAAUAACAAAAGUACGAAGUAGAUUAAGAAUACGGCAUAAAAAUGAUCAACCGAGUCAAGAAGAUCAAGUGGAGUGUAGUGAUAUGCAGGUCAAUUCAUUGGCUCCAGUUGAUAUGAGUGAUAAAGAUGUUAAGAAUAAUGAAAUAGAAAAUAAUGUGGAAGAAAUAUUACCUGAUGAUAGUGCAUAUGAUAUCGAGAAUAAUGACCUCCCGAUGGGUGAAAUGUUACACCGAACAUCAUCAUCUUUGUCAAAUAUGUUUUCAGAACCACCAAUGCAACAAUCUAAUAUAGUUUCAAUUGUCGUUGGUGCAUUUGUGACUGUGGCUGGAUUCUUAUUUGGCUACGAUACAGGUCUUAUUAAUAGUAUUUCAGAGAUGCCUUAUGUUUUAACACAUAUGACACACAAUCAUCAUUCAUUGAGUACCACAGAAAGAUCAAUUGUGGUAUCAUUUUUAGCAUUAGGUACAUUUUUUGGUGCUUUAUCGGCACCAUACAUUGCAGACAGACACGGUAGGAAAUUGCCGAUUGUGGUUAGUUCCUUAAUAAUUUUUACCACUGGUAAUUCAUUGCAAGUAGCUUCCAAUAAUUUAAUUUUAUUAACAGUUGGAAGAGUCAUAUCAGGAUAUGGAAUUGGUAUUAUGUCAGCUGUCGUUCCAUUAUAUCAAGCAGAAACUGUUAAUAGAUAUUUAAGAGGUUCCAUAAUUUCGAUGUAUCAAUGGGCAAUUACAUGGGGUCUUUUGGUUUCGUGUGCUGUUGCUUUAGCAACUAAGAACAAAAUGGAUGCAUCAUCAUAUAAGAUUCCGAUUGGUCUUCAAUUUAUUUGGAAUACAGUUCUUGGUAUCGGUGUUAUGUUUCUUCCUGAAUCCCCUCGUUAUUAUGUCCUUAGGGAUGAUUUAACCAGUGCAGCUAAAUCACUCUCGUUUUUGAGAGGUGUACCUGUCCAUGAUUCAGGAUUAUUGGAAGAAUUAGUAGAGAUUAAGGCUACAUAUGAUUAUGAAGCCUCUGUAGAGUCAUCUUCGGUUUUAGAUUGUUUUAGAACUACCGAAAAGAGACCCCAACAGACUCUUAGAAUGUUUACAGGAAUUGCCAUUCAAGCAUUUCAACAAUUCUCUGGUAUUAAUUUCAUUUUUUAUUAUGGGGUAAAUUUUUUCAAUAGCACAGGGGUUCACAACAGUUAUAUCAUUUCAUUAACUACAUAUGCUGUUAAUGUAUUAUUUAAUAUCCCAGGUUUAUUUUUCGUUGAAUAUUUUGGUAGAAGAAAGAUUCUAUUGUGUGGUGGUAUUAUUAUGACAAUAUCUAAUUUAAUCAUUGGUAUAGUGGGUGUCUCUACCGAUGAUAUUACAGCUGAUAAGAUUAUGAUUGCAUUUAUAUGUGUAUUUAUUGCUGCAUUUUCUGCCACAUGGGGUGGUGUUGUUUGGGUAGUUUCAGGUGAAUUAUAUCCAUUAGGUAUUAGAGCUAAAUGUGCUGCUAUCUGUGCAGCUACUAAUUGGUUAGUAAAUUUUAUUUGUGCUUUAAUUACACCUUAUAUUGUUGAUGUGAAAGAUCAUACUUCUAAUAUUGGAUCUAAAAUCUUUUUCAUUUGGGGUAGUUUGAAUGCAUUAGGUGUUAUUGCUGUUUAUUUUAUGGUCUAUGAAACUAAAGGUUUAGUAUUAGAAGACAUUGAUGAAAUAUAUAAAAAAGCAAAGACCGCUAUGGAAUCUACUAAAUGGAAUAAACGAAUCAGAAGAGAAGAAGAAGAUCGUGCAACGAUUUAUAUACCUACAACAACUACAACAGUAUUACCAUUUGAGCAAGAAUUAGAGACGUUAGAUAAUGGAUAUCCAAUAAGUGUUAUUCAAGGUAGUAGUAAUGGUACACCGUCUACAAACAAUGUUGUUUAUCGAAUGAAUAAUUGUGGUUCAAUGCAUACAGAUUAUGGUAAAGAAGGUUAUGAAUUGAAAAUGAGUUCUACUUUAAAUUCUAGUGGAUUCAACGAAAGUUCUUUACAGAAUAGCAGUCUAAGGGGAGGACCUGUACCUGAAGUAAAUGCAUUUAAUAAAUAUAUGAUGACUGAUUCUAAAGGUAAAGAUCGUAAUAGUCAACAUUAUGGUCAUAAUGAUUCAUUACCAAACAUCAAUCAUAUUCCAAUCUCGUCAGAAAAGAGUAUUAAUAAUAACAAUCAUAGCAUGAAGCCCGCUAAUAACUAUUUAGAUCUAGGUAAUGGGCUUGGUUUAAACACAUAUAAGAGAGGUCCACCAUCAAUUUCUCCUGGAUCAUCUAUAGAUCUCGAGAAUACUAAUUAUAACGAAGAUCAUAAUCCUGGAUCAUUAAAUUAUAGUGAUGAUCGUCAACAAAUGGAUAAGAUCAAUGAUUAUAUGGCUCAAAUCAUGUAUAAUGAUACUAAUAGUGGAUCAGCAAGAUCACAAAGUUAUACACAUUCCCAACAUUUCAACUCAGAAUAUAUUGAUCUAGGUGAUGGAUUAAAUUUAAAUGUAAUGAGUCGUGGACCACCUGAUAUUCUUUCUGAUUCUAGUGAUGAUGCUGAUGAUGAUUAUGAUCGUAGUCAAUCUCCUGGAUUCAUAUCUGAUGGCUAA